CAGAAGCGUUUCAGUCGCUCUCCGGAUCCCAAAAGAUUCUUCAUAUGUGAGUGGACACGGUGUCAUGUAUAGCGUUUUAGUGGAUGUCACUGAAAUUUGCUUGGAGAGAAUGAUGUGGUCUCUAACACUCAUCUGGUGAACAUCUGCACAUCUUUCUUCCAUCUUAUCUUUGUGUACUUUUAUCCUUGUCCAUAUUUUGAGUUUUGGUGAUGGGUGCGUCGUUCAAGAGGUUCUGUGUGCAAUUCUGCUGCUGCUGUUGCUGUGACGACGAUGAUGAGGAAGAAAAGAGACCUUUGAUCAGUAAUGAGACGUUAGAAUAUUUUGAACGUGAGGCCAAAAAGAAGAGAGACCAAGAGACCAACUUGUGGAACGAGCCGGGAGACACCUCCCACUCAGAGAGAGACGAUGACCGCAUCCUUUACAACCUACUGCAGUCCAGAGCCCAAACCCGCAGAGGGUCAACGGGCUACCGGCGUAUGAGCAUCGAUAUUCAGGCCAUGAGAGACGUCAGGAGAGAGGUGCGAGAUAAAUGGAAGAUGAUUUUAGAGAACCUGGGAUUCAUGGCAGAAGCAGAAUCUCUGUUGACCGUCUCCGCCAGCGCUUCAUAUGACCGCAUGAGAAACGCAGCGACCGCUCGGACUCUCCUCCAGACUCUCCACACUGAGACAUCAAUAUUCAACAGUAAAGAAUCUCCACCCGAGAGAUACCUCUUCAUACUGGAUCGGCUCAUUUAUCUGGACGUGGCUGAGGACUUCGUGGCCAAAGCCCGUCGCUUCUACCCUCCUAAAGAUGACGAUGACGACGAUGACAACGAAGAACAGACCAGUGCGAUUAAUCUUCCUCUUCUGCUGUCUCGUAUGAAUCAGAACAUAUCUGGAGGAGAGGAGGAUGAGAACACUGGACCAGAAGAAUAACUUUCAGAGUGCUGGUUGAGUUUAUGUCGUGUAAAGGGUCAUCUGGAGGGUUUUGGGGGUCAGUGGAUUAUCUGCCCUGAUGUUGACUCGGGUCUGGGUGAGAGAUGGUUUGUUGAAGGUGACUUCCACAGGUUAAAGCAAAUAUUACAGAAAUGCUUUGAUGGAAAAACAGGGGAAUUAUCACAACAUCGGAUGUCUUCUAUAACAGUAGGAUGGUAAGAGCAGAUGGGUUUGUUUAUAUGAAAGUGAUCAAUGAAAGUAUAAGCUGCAAAUAAAACUUAAGUAUCU